GCCUCUUGACAUCGAUGGCAGCGGCGGCGGUCCUGGCGAGGAUCUAUAUCGUCCGCCAUGGCGAGACAAACGAGAACAGGCUGGGCAUCAUGCAAGGACAGCGCGAUACCCACCUCAAUGCCGCCGGGCUAGACCAGGCCCAGGCGGCGGCGGGUGCACUUGAGACGGUGGGCUUUGCGAGGGCGUUCAGUAGUGAUCUAGAUCGGGCAGCCAAGACCGCAGAGAUCAUACUGCAGAAGCACCCAGGAGUGCUGCUGGAGAAACACGCAGCAUUGCGAGAACGAAACCUGGGAGACUGGGAGGGUCAGAAGCUCGAAGGACGCAGACCCACUGCGCCUGCAAACGCAGAACAGCUCAGCGAUUUUAGCCUGCGCGCAGCACAAUGGUGGAACGGUACCAUCCUGGCCUACGUCGAGUCCCUCGUCAAGCAAGAUCCCGUGCACGGGAAAUCGCUCCCGGCAGACCUGCUCGUCGUCUCGCACGGAGGCUACAUCUCGAGGCUUAUCGGGAACCUGCUCGGGAGCGGUAAGAUGAAAUGCGCUGAAGGAGUAGUGGUAAAUGGCAAGUGCUGGAACGCGUCGAUAUCGGUGAUAGACAUACUAGACAGUGGGGAGGCGGUAUUGGUUAGCUAUUCGGACACUGCGCAUUUGAAGGUUGACUUGGUGCAGACCAACGCAGACGUCAUCGAUCGAUAGAAUACCAAUAGAAUUGUGCAUUAGGGUAGACACAUUACGGAGAUAGCUAACAAAGCGAAUGAGUAGUGGGCUGUGCAAAGUAGAAGUGUUCACAUGAAGUCGUCGUCGCCUGAAACUUCACGCGGAGUGCGGUUUCGAGGUCUUGUGCUUGCCUUUGCCCUUCAUUUUGCUCUUCUCGUACUGAUCGACCUCCGUCGCAGCGAGCAUACUG